AUGCUGCCGAGGGGAGCGAUGCCGCGGGCCGCCCUCACCUGCCUGCAGCUCCUGCUGCUGCUCUGGGCCGCGCAUUCCCGGCCCCACACGCGGAACCAGGACAGGCUCCAGCUGGAAGCCGUCAAAAAGGAGAUCCUGGAGCGGCUGGGGAUGCCGGCUCCCCCCGCCGUCCGGCACCGCCUGGACCGGGAGAGCAUCCAGAGAGCGCAGCGGCUCUACCGGCGCAAAGUGGCGGAGCUGGCGGGGAACCGGAGCCGGGAGGAGGAGGAGGAGGAGGAGGAAGCCGUGCCCAGGCUGCACCGCCUGACCCCCACCUUGCUGCCCUGGCUGGACAUCCCCGAGGGACACCAGGACCCUCAAGGCCACCGGCACCCCCAGGGACACCGGGAGCCCCUCGGCCCCUACCGCUACCACCUCCUGCUGUCCCGCACCGCGGAUUUCCACCGGCAGCUCCGCGUGGUGCAGGCGGAGCUGAAGCUCCUCAAGCAGCCGCUGUCCCCUCCCGGCGCCUCGGUGCCACCUCGGGUCACCAUCUCCACCCUGCCGGGGGCCGGGGGCACCCCCCGGCUGCUGCAGAGCCAGGAGCUGCCGCGGGAUUCCCUCAGCCUGGACCUGACAGGAGCCAUCCAGCCCUGGCUGGCCGGGCCCGAGCCCGCGCUGCGCCUGCAGCUGGAGUUCAGCGCCGACAUCUCGGGCGCCCUGGCCACCGCCGCGGGGGAAACGCUGGAGCUGGAGGUGCAAACCCUGGAGAAGCCGCCUCGGGCGGCCAGGAGAGCUCGGGGGCUGGAGGAGGAGUGCGGGAAGAGCGACGGGAGGUGCUGCCUGAAGUCGCUGAGGGUCUCCUUCCAGGACAUCGGCUGGGCCGACUGGGUGAUCGCCCCCAACAGCUACCACAUGAGGUUCUGCGAGGGCUCCUGCCCGCACAACUACAAACCGGCCAGCAUGCACGCCCAGAUCCAAUCCAGAGUGCACUCCCUGUCCAAGGCUGCCCCUGCUCCCUGCUGCGUCCCUGCUGGCUACGACCCCAUGGUGCUGAUGCACCUGGACAGCCAGGGCCGGCUGGUGUCCAGCCUCUUCGAGGACAUGCUGGUCACCAGGUGCCACUGUGCCUGA